AUGAUGUUGGUUAAAGUUUUGCUUCUAUUUUCAAUAACUUUGUCGUUUCGUUCAGUGGACUGUUUCGCUAACAAACUCAGUGAAUCGGAUAUAUGUAAAAAUAAAAUAUGCAUACCCAAAUGCUGUGGUUUAGAUAAAUACGUGCACGGUAGAGAUAGCAAGUGCGCCUACACCGAUUUGAAGGAUGCAUUGAAUUUUUCUAAAGUACCUGUCUACAAAGACGACUUAACAACGGUGGUAACAACGCUGACUGAUCCGAGGUUCCAUAUGGUCGGGAAUGUUUUCGAAGAUGAUGAAUUCAAAAGUCUCGCCUACGACUUAAGUCGCACACGGAUCUACAACUUUUUUUUAUCUGAGACAGGUGUGCUCUACCUGGAGAAAUCAAACUUUUACUUACGAUGGACACCAAGGAACACUUCGAGAUACUGCGUUGACUACAGAAAAGUGAAAAGCAAAAACGCCUCUGUGGCCUGGGAGGCACAAUAUCGUUUCUUUACUGUUAUGGAUCCUGUAACUCAACCCGAAACCCAAACACUUUACAGAACUGCGCUGAUGAUCUCAAGUUUGUUUCUAUUAAUUGUGCUGUUGGUCUACGCGAUACUUCCAGAGCUCAGGAACUUGGGUGGUUUGAUUCUGAUGGCAUAUGUAGGGAGUCUAUUGUGCGCUUUCUUUUUGCUGUCUAUCAUACUGCUCGAUAUCAACUACAAAACAAACACUUGCAUUGGAAGUACUAUGGUGAUAUACUACAGUCUAAUAGCAAGUUUUUGUUGGAUGAACAUCAUGUCAUACGACAUUUGGUGGACAUUUAGAGGAUACGCUAAAGCAAGAUCGAUUCACCGUCGCGGUGAAAUCUUCAAAUUUCAAAUGUACUGCUUGUAUGGUUUUGGAGUACCUCUAGUCCUGACCAUACUCCUUGCUGUCAUGCAUUUCGUUGACUUUAGCGACCAGCCCUGGAUAAUCAAGCCACAGUUGGUACGCUACGGUUGCUUCAUGGGAGGUCCCGAGAAAAUGUUAUACCUCUACGUACCGAUGCUGAUUCUAAUCAUGUGCAAUUGGAUGUUCUUCCUGAUGACUGCUUUCAAUGUGUGGCGGCUCAGUCGCGGUACGGCUGUCCUGGAUUCGGCCGCUGCCGGAAACCCACACGCGCAUCGCACUCAGAGACACAGGUUUAUGGUGUAUUUAAAAUUAUCCAUUGUGAUGGGUAUAAACUGGGUAUUAGAAGUGGUUAGUUCUCAACUCCCCGAGCUUCAAAUCUUCAAAGUUAGCGACCUAUACAACGUCAUGGUCGGCUUGUUCAUAUUCCUCAUCUUCGUUUUCAAGAAGAAAAUACUAAGGAAACUCAUGAAAAAAUUGCCGAACAAGAAGCGUUGGGCUCCGGCGUCGAAGAGCUACGAAUCAGACAGCAGCACGUCAGACGGAAGCAGCCAAGAGACUUCCUUGCCUUUGGUUUGUUCAAUCCCAAAGGGGCCUAUCGAAAAGAGCACUUAAGAUAUAUCUUCAAAUAGAAAUGAGCCGAUCUUCGAACUGAACAAAACGCGACAUGCGCGAAAAUCUUGCCCAAUAAAAAAAUAUGCUCUGAGUGCUAUGAGGAAUUUUUUGAGAUUUCUGCCGUGAAGCAGUAAUGCGUUUCGGUUUGAAGGGUGGGGCAGCCGUUUUAACUAUACUUGAGACGUUAGAACUUAUAU